CACUAGGUGAAACCUUCCUGUGGUGUGAAAUUUCAUGAGCUCCGCAGUUGGUAUCGGUGAUGUUUUUACAUAUAAUGAGAGACUGGAAGUAAACAUACACCCACGUGGCUCCUGGUGAGUUAAGCCUGACUUGUAAUGAACAGUGCUACCUUUUCUGUUAUUGUGAAUUGCGUGUUAGACUUAGAUUUGUCUAAAUGUCAAUAUUCACAGCUAACCUUUUUGUUAGGCUUCUAGAAAAGUCCUCAAGCAGGUAAAGGUUUAAGAAACCUUAACUUCGGUUGGUGAUGGCUAUUAACUAGUCCUGUAUCUACACUGAUUUCGUGUCAAAGCUGCUCCGUUUCUGGGGGGUUUCACCUGGUCAGAAAAUACAGGACCAGGUGUUGUAGCUGUUUGUUCCCCUCCAUCAGACAUGCCGUCGACUGUAAGGCAGAAGCACACUUCUGGCACUGAUAUUUGUGAUCUCUUCAAUACCUUGACCUGUUGAUCUUAAUAUAGACAGUUCAGCGAAAAGCCACUUUAAGGUAGUUGUGACUGAAAGGUGAUUAUGAUGCUAUGCCUGUUCUGUUGAUGUCUCCAAAAAUGUAACCUGUUUCAGUCUGAUUCUGAGAUCUGCACUUUACGUCAUGCUAUUGGGCAAACCAAUAGAUAGCAUGUGUAAGGUGGGUGUAUAAACAGUUUUAAGAUGAUGGCAGCUGUUUCUGAAAAAGGUGUGUAUGUGUGUGGGAAACAUGAUUUUGUUUGAGAAUUUGUUCUGUUACUUGUCCAAGUAUAUCUGUUUGAGAUUUUACUUGAGAGAGAGAAACAUGUCUGUCUCUGAGAAUUUCCGUUAGUGUAGUACUUGUCUAAGUGUAUCAAUGAGUUGCUUGUGAGAUAUUUUACAUCUUUUGGAGCUUCAUUAAGUGUUAAUGUGUCUGUUUUCGUUAUUACCUUGUGAGGGCCGUUUUUCUCCUUCCGACUAUAUAAGCCUCGGUUUUAUAUGUCAAACGUCUUGUAUUUUCUUUUACUUGUAGUGCAGUUAGGGUUAUGCCCAUUGAAAUGAAUAGAUGGUCCCCACAGUGAUAGGAAUGUAUGAACUGUGUGUGAGUGAGAGAAUGUGAUGCAAGCAUCUGUGGGAAUGUGAGCAGCUGUUAGUCGUGUGGGUGAGGCAGGCAGGCUCAGUUUGGAUCUACCUAACUUGUCCUCCGGCUGCUGUUUGCCCAGAGAUCAUCCUCGCCUCAUGGUCACUGUCUCUGCGUGUCACGUUGGCCUAGGGCUGUGGCUGUAAGCAGAGCUGGAUGAUGGAGGAGAAGCCGGAGACAAGCUCACUUGGUGAGGAUGAGUCGAGGAGUUCAGUGCAAGUCCAGGAAGAUGUCAGUCACAGCAGAGCUGCAGCUCCAGGUAGAUGGAGUGAGUCUGACCGGACCCGCUGCCCCUCCUUGUCUGGCCGAUCCAGGAGUUCUGAGGUCCUAACAUCAAGCACUAAGCCUCGUGAGAGUGAGAACAAGCUGGGGGAAAGUGGGGAAGACAGUGAGGAAGAGCUCAGCCAGGAAGACCCAUUGGCACGCUGGGAAAAUCUCCCCAUUCUGGACCGGCUUGGCCUUAGCAGUACAGAGAUGACAGAGAAGGAAAUGGAGAGCACCUUCCUGCAGCUGGCUUCAGCCUUCCGCUGUGACCAGCAUACCUUACAGAAGAGACUGCGGGCGGAAGAGCAUGCCCGCAAUGUGGCCGAGUGGAACGUUCAGCUGGAGCUGGAGCAGGGGCGAGAUGCCCUCCAGGCACUGAAGGACUUGUGCCUGGACAGCAAGAGGAGCAAAAUCCUUCAGAGGCUUGAGCUGUGCCUGGAUGUCCUGGCUGGUGCCGUGCAGCGUAUCACCAGCACGGCAGAGGUGCUGGGUGCUGUGCAUCAGGAGGCCCGUGUGAGCCAUGCCGUACGGCUCAUGAUGACCCAUGUGGAGAAGCUGCAGUGGCGACAUGUCAAAGACUCGGCUGAGCUGGAGGAGGCAAGGAGGAUGGUGCAGAGGAGCAACUGUUCUCGGCAACUCAGCGAUCCCAGGGAUGAGGGUGAAAUGAGGCAGAAGCUGAUUAGGUCAGGCCAGCUCAGCACUCGGCGCAGAGUGAGUGUUGCUGUCAUACCCACUAGUCAGAAUCGGAGUGAGAUGCAAACUCUGCCAGCGAGCCCCAUGGCGAACCUCAGCCAACUGGACAGCAGGUACCAGUUACUUCCAAAAUGA